AUACCAAUAAAAAAGAUGUAUUGUAAUUGUAUAGUACAAUAUCUAUUAUUUAAUGUUGCCCAUCUCUCUUCUAGCCUCUGUAUGAAAUCUGGAGUUAGAUGGAGGAGAAGCAGCUCGAUUACGUGCUGGUGCCGUUGGGGAUGGCUAUGUUUCUCGGCUACCACCUCUGGCUUCUCUUCACCAUCAUCCGAAAUCCGACAAGAACUGUCAUCGGCAUCAACUCUCAGAGCCGCCAUAAAUGGCUCUUCUGCUUGAUGUCUGAUCCACUAAAAAAUGGAGUACUGGCAGUUCAAACGAUCCGUAACAACAUAAUGGCAUCGACCCUCUUGGCGACGACAGCCAUCACUCUGAGCUCGCUCAUAAGCGUGUAUGUCAGCAACAAGUCCAGCUCCCCCUCCUCCAAGUUGAUCUACGGGAACAAAUCCUCCCUCAUGUCCUCGCUCAAGUUCUUUGCCAUUUUGCUCUGCUUUCUCGUGGCAUUCCUCUGUAACGUCCAGUCCAUAAGGUACUACGCGCACGUCAGCUUUCUAGCCACCGUGCCCACCUCUCAGGGCAAGAUAGACGCCAUUGAGUACGUGGCCAGGAACUUGAACAGGGGUAGCUUCUUCUGGUCGCUCGGACUCAGAGCUUUCUACUUGUCCUUUCCUCUCUUCCUCUGGGUGUUCGGCCCGAUACCCAUGUUCCUUUGCUGCUUCGCCAUGUCGUUCCUUCUCUAUUUCUUGGACACCACCACCAACUUCACCAGAGAUAUGCACUCUCAUUCUAUCAAGCAGGAAGCCACUGUUGAAGAAGCGGAGCCUGUAGAUGCUCAUGCCACAUGACCUAUUUCUCUCUAGCUAAAUUACACUUUUAAAGUUCAACUUUGGUGUAUUAUCUUAUGAUAAUAGGUAUUGCAUGAUUGCAGAAUUUGAUCAGUAAUCUUGAAACUGCAGAUAACUGUUAUGUUGAAUAACACUACUUUUUUUCCAUGGAAA